AUGCUGACUACAAUAUAUACCCUGAAGCUGAAAGGUUUUCGCUUUUCUCUGUAUACCACAAUGGUAACACCUCCUCCUACUACUGCUCUACAAAACCUUCCUGGGUUUCAGGAGCUAUGCAGCCUUGUUUCGACUCCUAUCGGUGGCCUAAAUGAAUUGGAAUUGAGUCUUAAGAAAUGUGAAGUUCACUUAACCCCUUCAAUUGUGGUCGAAGUGGUGAAUCAUUGUAAAGAGGAAGCAUCCACGAGGCGGUUGCUUCGUUUCUUCACAUGGUCAUGCAAGAGUUUGGGUUCGGCUUUGGGGGAUAAGGACUUUAACCAUGCCAUUCGGGUUUUUGCUGAGAAGAAGGAUCAUAGGGCAGUUGACAUUUUGCUGGCAGAUCUUCGUAAGGAUCAAAGGGUUUUGGAAGCACAGACUUUCGGAACUGUGGCUGAAUUAUUUGUGAAGAUGGGAAGAGAAGACGAUGCACUGGGCAUCUUUAAAAAUCUGGACCUGUUCAAGUGUGCACAGGACAGAAUGACUGUCACUGCUAUUGUUAAUGCGCUUUGUGCAAAAGGCCAUGCAAGAGGGGCAGAAGGGGUUGUGUAUCAUCAUAAGGAUAAGAUAUCCGGUGCAGAGUCUUGUGUUUAUAGGAGUAUAUUAUAUGGUUGGUCUGUGCAGGGAAAUGUCAAGGAGACUCGUAGACUUCUCCAGGAGAUGAAGUCGAGGAAAAUUACUCUGGAUCUUUAUUGCUUCAACACGUACCUUAGGUGCCUUUGUGAGUAUAAACUUAAGAAAAACCCGUCUGGGCUUGUGCCAGAAGCUCUUAACGUGUUCAUGGAAAUGAAAACAUACAAGAUCACUCCAAAUUCAAUAAGUUACAAUGUGUUGCUUUCUUGUUUGGGUAGAACAAGAAGAGUAAAGGAGUCGCUCAGAAUCUUUGAUUCCAUGAGGAAAUCAGGCUGUGCUCCUGAUUGGGUGACCUAUUAUCUUUUAAUUCGGGUUUUAUACUUGACGGGAAGGUUUGGAAAAGGUAAUCAGAUACUGGAAUUGAUGGCAGAAGAUGGGCUUGAGCCACCAGCAAAGUUUUAUCAUGACCUGAUUGGUGUUCUUUGUGGGGUUGAGAGAGUAAAUUAUGCAUUGGAGUUGUUUGGUCGCAUGAAGAAAAGCUCAGCUGAUAAUUAUGGUCCGGUGUAUGAUGUUUUGAUUCCAAAAUUUUAUAAGUGUGGUGAAUUUGAGAAGGGCAAAGAGCUUUGGGAUGAGGCAGAGAGAAUGGGUAUUGCUCUACAAUGCUCAAGAGAUGUGUUGGAUCCUUCAAUAACCGAGGUUUUUCCGCCCAAGAGGAAGGAGCACUCUCUGAAAGUCAAGGAUACAUCAAUGCUGAAUACUAGAAUUACCAAGGGUAAUCGUCUUCUACAGAUUGCAAAGAAGCCAAAAUUUCGUAACAAGAGAAGGCAGAAAAAGAAAAAGCCUAAGAAGAAAGCAGCAUCAACUUGA